AUCGUUUUAUAAACCUGGAAUUUUAGUAACAUUACGUUUUGAAUUAGUCUCCUAAGUCCUAAUUUCUGAUUUAUCUUUGAAACAUAGGAUUAUGAUUGUAUUACUCGACCGACAACUUUAAAUAAUUAAAAUUUGAAGACCAUAAAUAUAUCAUCAGUUCUUAUUUCAUAGUUUAAUUCCCAAACUUGUGUUUACAUUUAUAAAUAGUCAAAUCUGCAUUUAAAUAAGCUAAACUAUGCCGACCUGGAAUCAAAUUCAAAGUCAAUUAAGAAACCCCCAGAAUCCUGUUGUAUUCUUUGACAUAUCUGUUGGAAGAACAGAAAUUGGUAGAUUAAUAAUGGAAUUAUAUGCUGACAUUGUGCCUAAGACUAGUGAAAAUUUUCGUCAAUUUUGUACUGGUGAACACAAAAAAGAUGGGAUACCAUUUGGGUAUAAAGGAUGCUGUUUCCAUAGGAUAAUCAAAGAUUUUAUGAUACAAGGUGGAGAUUUUGUAAAUGGCGAUGGAACUGGGGUUAUGAGUAUAUAUGGUGCAGAUACAUUUCCGGAUGAAAAUUUUAAACUUAACCAUGAUGCACCUGGACUUUUAUCUAUGGCCAACAGUGGUGUAGAUACCAAUGGAUGUCAGUUUUUUAUCACAUGUGCCAACUGUAAUUUUUUGGAUGGAAAACAUGUGGUAUUUGGUCGUGUCAUUGAUGGGUUGUUGGUAAUGAGAAAAAUUGAAAAUGUUCCUACUGGUCCAAAUAACAAACCAAAAAUACCCAUUGUUAUAUCACAAUGUGGACAAUUAUAAAAUCUUAUUUAUACAUCUUUUCAUAUAUUUUGUCGCUCAUUUGUGUGUAUAUUAAAAAAAUAAA